GCUACAAUUUUAUUCAUUAUAAUAUUAUCGUUAAAAUGCAUAUUUUUGGAGAUAUUUGCAAAAAACUGUCAAACAUCGUGAGAAAAUUCCGAAUGUUCAAUUGCCAAUAACUUGAAGAGUAUUGGGUUUGUGAAAUAACUUUAUACAACAUUUUUUCCUUAAAAUUAGGUCUUCUAUCGAUAUUUGAGGUUAUUUUGGAAAAAAAUUUCCACUACCGAAAAGGGGUGGCAACCACCCCCAAGGUAAAAACGGAGUUUGGGUUAAUAUCACUUUUGAAAUUAAGGGUAGGAUAAACCUAACUCCAAAAUAUCAUGUAAAUCGGUUCGUAGUAAAAAAUUUCUGAGCUAAAUAGCUUCAAUGACUGCACUAUUCAUGACGUUUGAGCAAAGAUAAAGUGGAACAACUAUAAUGUAUAAUCCGUGUCGUGACUGAAUACCAAAAUAUAAAAUGUCCACUAACAAAGAAGAACUCAAUUUGACAUUGACUUGACAUUUGUUGGUUAUGUUAUAAAGAACCACAAAUUUUGUUUAUUGUAGUUGUAGAUUAUAAACAAUCUAUAGAACUGGAAUAAUAAAGUAAAUAGUGUAUAAAAUAGAAUAGUGCUUAAAAUAUCGUAAUGGAUACAAUAGCGAAUCUCACGAAUGUAGCAAAAGUGAAUCCUACACGUUUAUAUGUUCGAAUUACAAACAUCAUUUUGAGAGCAAAGGACCCUGAAGACUGGAAAGACCUUAGUAGACUCCUACCAAAUUUACGAAAUUCUCUCAGUUGUGCUGUUUGCACAAAAUUAUUAGACCAACCUUAUAGUCCAAGAAUGGUCCAGUGUCAUAUUGUAUGCAAAAAGUGUAGGGGAGGCAUAAAGAAAAUUAGACCUGCUUGUGAUAAUUGUAAAGACUGUACUGAUUAUGUGGAAAAUCCAAGAUUACACGCUUUGUUGCAAUGCUACAAUGCAAUGUGUAUGUAUAUCAAAAGUAAACCAAUGUAUAAAAUACUUUCACGAUACGGAGUAGGAGAGAGUAAUAUGUUUAACUUAAUUAACGAAGGUGCUACAUUUAUAGAUACUUGCGAUGAUAGCAAUGGAAUAUUAGAACCUGUUUGCUUUAACCUUCCAGCAUAUAAUAGUCCUCAAAUACAUAAUUCGGCUUCAACUAAUCCACCGUCAUUUUAUUCUAUCUUGUCUCCAGAAAACGGUAGCAAAAUUACUCUAAAAAGGAAAUACAAAGAAGAUAAGAAAAAGACUGUAGUACCUCAACAGAGCAAGGAUCCAGAAAAGCCAGUAUUUAAAAGACCUACAACCAACGUUAAGAAAAAAGGCUGUAGAUGUGGUAAUGCAACACGGUUUCCAGGAAAGUUAACUUGCUGUGGACAAAGGUGUCCUUGUUACGUAGUCCAAAAACCGUGUGUUGGUUGUAGAUGUCGUGGUUGUAGGAAUCCACACAUUAAGGAAGGCCAGAAGGUGAUACCAAAUUUAUCACAGGGACCAAAGAUCUUAUACAAUAUUACCGGUUUACAAAAUAGAGGAAUUAAAGAAAUAGAAGUGCCGCAACAAAACUUUAAUAAUAAAGAACUGCAAAAGCUUCAAAUGCAGAAACAAAUACUCCAGGUUCCGCAAGAUGUUCUUAUUACAGACCAUAUGAAAGUAUCUGAUAUACAGAAAGUUGUACCACAACACAACUAUAAUAUUAAAGGUGUACAAAAUAUGCAGAUGCAGCAGCAAAUAAUACAGAUUUCAUCGCAAGAUGCUCUCUCUACGGACCGUAUGAAAGUACAAGAUGUGAAGAAAAUAAAUGUACCUCAAUUACAAACGCUUAGGACUUCUACUAUUACGAAACCACAAGUGAUCCCUUGUAAUUUAGAUACUGUGGUAGGAGAAGAGGAGUUGGAGACUGUGAGCUUGGCAGAACUGAAUCUAGAUUCGCAGUUUGUGAGUUUUAGUCCUUUAGGGAACGUGAAAACAAGUCUCCCACAUGAGUUUGUUGAUAGUUACAGUACAUUACCAGAAUUAAUACCUAUAUCGUACGGUGAUGACAAUUCUGAACUGAGUGUUAUGUGACAGUUGGAUGAUGAUUCCGAAUAUUAUAUGUAGCAAGAUCAGAAAAAGAAAUUUCAACCCUUGGUUUAAAUGUCACAGACUAUUUUUAUUAUAAUAUGAUCAAUAAAACUGAUAAGUUUCACAGGUUUAACCUUGAUUUUUAAUUUAUAUUGUAUUGUAAAAAGUUUUUGAAUAUACUGUGAUUUUUUUGUA